UGACGCAGGCGGCGUUACCGUCUCCAAGGAGCGGUCCAGGGCACCGGUUUCAAAGUCGCAGGGCGGGCCUGGUGGACUUCCGCAGUUGGCCCCGGGUUUCCCCGCGGUCCUGAAGUCAACGCCCCCCCCCCCCCCCCCCAAACGCUCCUUCAAGGACGCCUCCACCCGGCCUCCUGGCUGGCUUCCUUGGCUCUCUCCUAAGUGGCCCGACACGACCCCGAGUGACCUGCGGGACGUCUAUAUCCACCCGCGUCUCCUUUUUACCCGGCUGGGAUUCGAGUGAACGUGGAACAAAAUUCACUUGGCGGGUCCCCAGCAAACCUGAAACCUGAAGUCUGUCGCCUGAGCGAGGAGGGGCUCGGCUGGGACUCAGGAGAAGGCGCGGCGGGGCUGUUGACGCCGCGUGAGUAGGAUACUGAUUACACUGCUGAGUGCUUGACAACCUCCAGCGUUGCUUUAGUUUAGCUUUCCCGGACAGCGAGCUCUCUGGGGUUUUUUUGUUUUUGUUUUUUAAGAAAGUGAAGGUGGUAAAAGCUCCAGACUGAAAUUGUAUCGAAAUGGCCACGGAAAUCGACUUUCUGAGAGAUCAAAAUCAACGACUAAAUGAAGUGCUUAGGCGAUAUCAAAUGGAAGAUUUUUCCAAAUAUUCAUUGGUACAGAAAGCUGUCUUCAAAGGAGGUGGAGAUGACACAUUAGAGAACACACUAGUUGACCAAAGCUUUUUAGCUCCUCUUAUUAUUGAGUAUGAUAAACAUCUGGAAGAACUAAAUGGGCAGCUGAAAUAUUACCAGAAACAGAUGGGUGAGAUGAAACUACAACUUGAAAAUGUCAUCAAGGAAAAUGAAAGGUUGCACAGUGAAUUAAAAGAUGCUGUUGAAAAGCAACUGGAGACCCUUCCCUUUGGCACAGAUAUGGGAAAUGAUAUAUAUACAGAUGAUGAAACAGUCAGGAAUCUUCAAGAACAAUUACAACUAGCCAAUCAAGAAAAAACUCAGGCUGUGGAACUCUGGCAGACUGCUUCUCAGGAGUUGGACAGACUUCAGAGACUUUACCAGGAAUAUAUGACUGAGGCCCAGAUUCAUGUAGUUGAAAGUCAAAAACAAAAGGAUCAACUGACCAAUUUUCAACAACUGACCAAGCAACUUCAUGUUACUAAUGAGAACAUAGAAAUGACUAACCAACACUUUCUGAAAACAGUAACUGAACAAAAUGUGGAAAUUGAGCAACUCCGAAAACAACUUAGGCAAGCCAAGUUAGAUCUGAGAAGUGCAGCAGCAAAAGUGGAUGAGUUAACCAAAGUAACUGAAGAUCUUCAAGGACAGAUGCAAAAGAAGGAGGAGGAUAUGUUGUCUGCCCAGGGAAGAGAGGAAGCAUCAGAUAGGCGUUUACAGCAGUUACAAUCUAGUAUAAAACAAUUAGAAACAAGACUCUGUGUAGCAAUGCAAGAAGCCACUCAAUUAAGAGCACAAAAAACACAUUUGGAAAAACAGACCAGAGAAUUACAAGCAAAGUGCAAUGAAUUAGAAAAUGAAAAAUAUGAAGCUAUUGUAAGAGCCAGAAAUAGCAUGCAGCUCUUAGAAGAAGCUAACCUUCAAAAAAAUCAGGCUCUACUUGAGGAGAAGCAAAAAGAAGAAGAUAUAGAGAAAAUGAAAGAAACAGUGUCUCGGCUUGUGCAAGAUGUUACCCUAAGAACCAGGAAGGAAGUUGCAAGCACAAGAAAACAGUAUAAUGUACAGAUUUCUCGACUAACAGAAGAACUUUCAGCCCUUCAAAUGGAGUGUGCUGAAAAACAAAGCCAAAUUGAACGAGCCAUUAGGGAGAAAAAAGCAGUGGAAGAAGAACUAGAAAAGAUUUACCAUGAAGGCAGAGUAAAUGAAAGUGAUUACAGAAAACUAGAGGAAAUGCACCAAAGAUGCCUGGUUGCAGAACGUUCAAAAGACGAUCUUCAGCUAAGACUUAAGACGGCAGAAAAUAAAAUAAAACAACUUGAAAUAAAUUCCUCAGAAGAGAUAUCACGUUGCCAAGAAAUGAUUCAGAAACUUCAAAACUUAUUGGAGUCUGAGAGAGAAAACUGUGGAUUUGUCAGUGAACAAAGGCUGAAACUUCAGCAAGAAAAUGAACAGUUACAGAAAGAGACUGAGGAUUUAAGAAAGAUUGCUCUUGAAGCUCAAAAAAAAGCCAAAUUAAAGAUCAGUACAAUGGAACAUGAAUUUUCAAUAAAGGAACAUGGAUUUGAAGUUCAAUUAAGAGAGAUGGAAGACAGUAAUCGAAAUUCCACUGUUGAACUGAGACAUCUCUUAGUGACUCAACAGAAGGUGGCCAAUAGGUGGAAAGAAGAAACAAAGAAACUUACUGAAAGUGCAGAGAUUAGAAUCAGUAAUCUAAAGAGUGAGCUGAGUCGACAGAAACUUCAUACCCAAGAGCUGCUUUCUCAGCUGGAAAUGGCAAAUGAAAAGGUAGUUGAGAAUGAAAAACUAAUUCUAGAGCAUCAAGAAAAAGCCAACAGACUUCAAAGGCGUCUAAGUCAGGCAGAACAGAGGGCGGCUUCAGCUUCCCAGCAGCUCAGUGUGAUUACAGUGCAGAGAAGAAAAGCAGCCUCCAUGAUGAAUCUGGAAAAUAUUUAAAAAUAUUCAUAGUUCACUCUCAGAACUUUAGAAUUGGGAAAACUGUUCGACUAGAAGUGUAUUGAAAUGGUAAAAACCCAUAGAGAAUGGUUAAGGCUUGUGUCGUUUUGCAGAAGCAUUUUCCAUUCUGUUUUGAGGGCUAUGGAAAACAGAACAAUGACAGCUUCCUGUAAGUAAAGAAAAUAUAACCGUAUAUUGAGCUUCAGUGGAGAAUAAAGCCAGCUGAGAAGAAUUCAUUGCCUUCAUCAACGUGUCUAUUUUUUAAUUCUCCCUUCCUUCCUUUGGAAAAGCAUAAUAAUUUUUAAGCUAUACUAAUCAUGAGAAAGACAAUGCUAGAAUUUUAAUAUUUCAGGUUCCAUGAUUUGAGAAUUUUACAUCUAAUUGUUACUAACUCACUUUUUAAGUUCCCAAGUAUCCAUUUUAUUAUAAACUCAUAAAUGUAAUAAAUUAUGCACUUUCUAAAA